AUGGACUCUCACUUCCCCUUCGGCUUGUCAGACUCCGGUGACGUUUACAGCUAUUUAGCUAUCAAACUUUAUGGGCAGCUCCGAGACGGGGACGUGUCUCUUAACUACUGCAAUAUGGCGUUCCCUGUGCCGUCGACAUGCUAUGUGGUACUCACCGCAGUGGUGGUAGUGUAUGCUCAGAGGCACAGUCAGCAAGAUUCCCACACUCAGUAUGCACAGUUGGGCAAAGACGUGACAUUACAGUGUGGGUCGGUGGACCGGGACGCUGUUGUCACCUGGACGGCCAACAAUACGGACCUCGAUGCCUCCCACCUCAAUGGGUCGUGGCUCGUCCUGCGGCACGUGGACCUCUCCCACAGCGGCCUGUACUCCUGCUACGAGGGAUCUUCGUGGCACCUCAAGUAUCGGGUCAACCUCAAAGUUGGAACACCGCCCAAGGAACCUGUCCUGAUGUGUCGGUCCAAUAACUAUCCUAACGGCUUCUACUGCAGUUGGCACCUUCCCAGCCCGACCUACAUCCCAGACAUGUUUAACAUCACUGUAAAGCACGACUCCAAGGAAAUUGUGUGUGAGAAGGAUGCGCCCCCCAAGAACAGGUGUUAUAUCCGCUACCUUCACCUCUUCUCCACCAAGAAAUAUAAGGUGACGCUGACAGUCACAAACGCCCUGGGCAGGAACUCCACCACCAUCUCCUUCGACGAAUUUGCGAUAGUAAAGCCGGACCCUCCGGAGAAUGUGGUGGCAAAGCCGAUCCCCAACAACCCCCGCCGACUGCUGGUGACGUGGCAGUACCCUUCCACAUGGCCGGAUCCGGAGUCCUUCCCCCUCAAAUUCUUCCUGCGGUACCGGCCACUCAUCAUUGACUACUGGCAACACGUGGAGCUGUCGGACGGGACAUCCCACAUCAUCACAGAUGCCUAUGCCGGCAAAGAGUACAUCAUCCAGGUGGCGGCCAAGGAUAACGAAAUCGGCACGUGGAGCGACUGGAGCGUGGCCGUGCACGCCACGCCCUGGACGGAGGAGCCCAAGCAUCUCACCACUGAAGCCCAAGGAACGGAGACGACCACCGGCAGCACCUCGGCCUUUGUAGUCCCAGCCACCACCCAGGCCUACGAGUCGGACAGGCAAGCGAAUUGUGGCGCCGUGGCAAUCUCCUGGGUGGUCGGGCCAGCCUUGGUGGCCGUCAGCAUUCACUUUAUUUAACUCUGCCUGGAAGCCCUGCGGAGAAGGCCGCCUGGAACAACGUGGGUCUUUGCUUCUGUUUUGCACAUGGUCCGAAGGACGUGUCCCCUUCCUCUCCAUUUGGCUUCUCACCCUUGAAGGACCAGGCCUGUGAGAUACAGAGACCCCCCCCCCACAGGCUCACCC